AUGAACGUCUCCUUCCAUCUCUCCAAGAUCCACGGCCUGCUGGAAUUCCUGAAAGGAGACAACCUCUCAUUGCCAGGCCUGCUGAACAGGAGCCAGCAACUGGGCUGGGAGGAGCUGGAGAAGUUGCUCUUCCUGUUCGACAAGGACCCCAUCGCCAUUUGCCUCACCAUCAUGUACCUGGUGUCGUUUGUGGUAGGCUUUGUUGGCAACGUCAUGUCCCUGAGAAUGCUCACCCGGAAGCGCAACAGUCGGGUGCCCAGCUUGACUGCUACCAGAAGCCUCCUGAUCAACCUGGCCGUCUGUGACCUGAUGGUGGUCUGCAUCUGUAUGCCCAUCACUGUGGGCAACUUGAUUUACAAGGCCUGGGUCUACGGAGACUUUCUCUGCAGGGCUGUCCCUUUCAUCCAGGCAGUGUCCGUCUCAGCCAGCGUCCUCAGCCUCACGGUGAUCAGCUUGAAUCGAUAUUACAGCGUGCACAACCCUCUCAACGCCAGAUCAUUUUUCACCCAUCGGAAGAUCCUGAGCACUAUUCUAGUGGUCUGGGUCUUGUCCUCAGGGAUCUGUAUGCCCCUUGCAUUUAUGAACAAAAGGGAUGAGAUUGGGGUGGUGCAGGGUCUUCCUCUGGUGUUCCCCAUCUGCACAGAAAUCUGGCCUCAGGAGAGGAUCAAGCAAGCGUACAACUUCCUUCUCUUCUGUGCACUCUACUGCCUUCCCGUCCUUUUCAACAUGGUCAUUUGCUGCUUGACAGUCCACAGACUGUGGAGUCCCACCAGGCCACUGAGGGACUGCGGCACCUUGAACCAGAUCUUGCCAGCUUCCAGGCUGAAGAUUCGUAAGAAGGUGGCUCAAAUGGUGGUGGCUUUGGUCCUUCUCUUUGCCGUCUCCUGGCUGCCCAUUUAUAUGAUGGACCUCUGGAUCGAGUUCAACAGUCCCAAAACCUUGCAGGAUGUGGGUCCACCUUCCUGGGUCCUGCAGCUCCGCCCUUUUGCUCAGUGGCUCAGCCUCACCAACUCCAGCCUCAACCCCAUCUGUUAUUGCUUCAUGGGCAACCUCUACCGCUCAGCCAAGGAAAUGAAGAGUCGGUACCACAAAAAGAUGGCUUCUCUUCUCAGCUUCUCCCUGUCUGAAAAGAGUUUGCCUUCCUCUGUCCCCGAGUUGCUCUCCUACAAGAGUUCCAUAAAGCCAAGCUACAAGGGACGAAUGGCGAGUGAACAGUGA